AUGAGCAGAAAGCCCUUUACACAGGUUGAAUGUCAACAUGCCAACCAAAUAAAUGGUCGCCGGCAACCACCAACGCGUGAAGACCACAAAGUGAGAAUAGUGUACCUCAUUUACAGCGAUGGAGGCUUGCAAAUUUUGGUAAUUUUGUUCGCUGCCAGGUCGCGACGACACACACAGAACCCUGAAAAACAUAAUUUUUUGUGCCCCAAAGGAGGAGAGGAGGCUCGCAAAAUUUUGGAAAAGAGGGGUCUUUUGGUUUUCAAACUCUAUCGUGCUUGCCAGGGGUCUGUCAAAGAAGAGAUAGCUACAGUAGUUUCACAAAGUUAG